AUGGUACUGCCGCCUACAGUUAGCGACCUUUUGAUAGUGAAGGAUACCCACCAGAAGCUCCAGGUCCGCCAUGGCUACGACUACAUCGAGCUCGUUUCCCACGAGAUCUCCGAGCAGUCGGCGUUGAACGACACUACACCUGCGGUAGCCAGGGCUUCCAUUCCCGACUACUUGAAAGACAAGGUCUACGUGGUGGACUCCGUCAAGAGUGGCAAGGGAAGGGACUCCAAGACAGACCUCUAUAACAUCGUGUUGGAGCCCAUCCUUACCGCAUUGGCAGUGGACCACCAGUACGUGGCCACCACGUCAGCAGACUCAAUCCGCCAGUUCGCCAGUACCUUGCCGGAGGGCCAGAACGCCACUGUGGUGUUCAUCAGUGGUGACACGUCGAUCUCCGAGUUUGUCAACGGACUCAGUGGUGUCAGUUCCGGUAACAUUACCAUCUUCCCCAUCCCCUCGGGAACCGGGAAUAGCUUAGCAUUGUCGUUGGGGUUUGUGGACGAGUUGAGGGCUAUCCAGAGACUUCUUCAGGCUGUCGAAAAACCGGCACCUUUGAAUUUGUACGACGUGCAGUUCCCCGAGGGCUCGUACUUCCUUAUUCAAGACGCAAUUGGCCCUCAGAUCACCCAGCCAUUGAAGUUUACCGUGGUGGUUUCGUGGGGAUUUCAUGCUGCGUUGGUUGCCGAUAGUGACACUCCUGAAUUGAGAAAGAACGGCAUAGAACGGUUCAAAUUGGCAGCGUUUGCCAAUUUACAGAGAGAACAGAAGUACGAGGGCCUGGUUUCCGUCAAUGGCCACCGCAUUGAGGGCCCCUUUGCAUACUGGGUACUUACUUCUUCCAAGAAGUUCGAGCCUACCUUCGAGAUCCUGCCUGAAGGGAAUAUAUUCGACGAUAAUUUGUACUUAAUAUCGUUCAAGACGGAAGAAUCGUCUAGCUACAUCAUGGACAUCAUGAAGCAGGUAUACGACAAAGGAAGCCAUGUCCAUAACCCUAAGGUUUCUUACCAGAAGAUUUCCAACGGAGAUAGAGUGCUUUUGCACACAUUGAACUCGAAGAACAAACAGCAGAGACGAUUCUGUGUGGAUGGCAGCAUAGUUGCGUUGCCAGAGACCGAUGAGCACGAAAUUGCCAUCAGGGCAACAGGGAAUAAGCACAAUGGAUGGAGUCUCUACGUCGUUCACUGA